AUGGUAGAGCAGCGCUUAGAGUCUAUCGCAAAAGAGGCAAAGAUUGAUGGUUUUCGCCCCGGUAAAGUCCCUUUGUCAGUGGUGCGCCAACGUUUCUCUGAUAAAGCUACAGGUGAAGCUUUGGGGGAGGCUGUUGAUCAGGCUUCUUGGAAGGCAUUGGAUGAAAAGAAAGUCAAGCCAGCUUUGCGUCCACAAUGUAAAAUUAUCAGCUAUGAUAAGGGGAAAGAUCUUGAAUUUGAAAUGUCUGUUGAGGCAUUGCCAGAAAUUAAAGCUCCUAAGAUAGAGUCUCUUACUUUUGAAAAAUUGAGUGCAGAGAUCUCUGAUAAGGAUGUCGAUGCUCUUUUGAAGCGUACAGCUGAAAAUUUAGACUUAAGUGAGCCUGUCCAAAAAGCACGCGCAUCCAAAGAAGGCGACACUCUUGUUGUGGACUUUGAAGGGCGUGUCGAGGGAAAGGCUCUCGAUGAUGAAAAAGUGAAAGAUUAUUCUUUUAAAAUUGGCUCUGGCCGCAUGAUGCCAGAGUUUGAAAAACAGCUCAUUGGUAAGAAACCUGGAGAGACAGUAGAAGUCAAAGUAAAGCUUCCAAAGGAUCAUUCGGACAAAGAAUUUGCAGGUAAAGAGUUUGUCUAUACCGUUGAGAUCAAAGAACUCAGAGAACCCAAGUCAAUUAAAAUGGAUGAUGAUUUGGCGAAGUCUUUAGGGCGUAAAAGCUUAGAGGACUUGCGUAAAGAAGUUCGCAGCCAAAUGGAAAAUGAAAGUGAAAAUCGCUCGUUUGUUCAUGAAAAACGCCAAGUUUUGGAUGUGUUGGCAGAGAAGACAACGUUUGAAGUGCCAGAAAGCUUAAAAGAACAAGAAUUUAAGGUGAUUUGGGAUCAGUUACAGCAACAAAUUUCUCAUCAGCUUGAAGACAAAAAGCCUUCAAAGAAAGAGCUGGAUGAUUUGAAAAAGCAAUAUGAAAAACUUGCAGAUCGCCGUGUGCGCUUGGGGCUUCUUUUAGCACAGAUGGGGGAAGAGCAUAAAGUAACCGUUUCUGAUAAAGAACUCGGUCAAGCAAUUAUGGCACGAGCUCAGCAAGAUCCUCAAAGGGCAAGUGAAAUCGUUGAUUAUUAUCAGAAAAAUGCAGAAGCACGGUCUCAUCUAAGAGCUCCAAUUUUUGAAAAUAAAGUGGUGCGCUUAGUUUUAGAUAAAGCCAAGGUGAAGACGAAGAAGCUUCCUUUAGAAGAGUUUAACAAGAUUGUUGAUGAGGUUUCUGGCGAAGAAGCGUAA